GUUUGACAUUUCCAUCAAAAAAUUGUGUCAUUUUAGUUCAAUACACUUAAUUGUUUCUGUCGCUGUGUUUUAAAAAUUCCUUCGUUAAAUGCAAACAUUUAAGUAAAUUCCCACCAUUUUAAUGGCAACUCAGAUUCGCGGAUAUACUCCUGCCGUACCGUGGGACGGUGCUAAUGAUGGGGACAUGACAGUGAAGCUAAGAUUAAAAGUCGUGCGGGCCAAAAAUCUUAUGAAAAAGGACAUUUUUGGAGCUUCUGAUCCUUAUGUGAGAGUUGAUUUAAAUGACAACAGUCAUGACUCGACCAUUGAUUAUGUGACCACAAAAACAAAGAAGAAAACUCUUAAUCCAGAAUGGAAUGAAGAAUUUAUUUUUAGAGUGAAACCAGCCGAACAUAAAUUGGUUUUACAAGUAUUUGAUGAGAACAGACUGACCAGAGACGAUUUUCUCGGAAUGAUCGAUUUGCCGCUCAUCAAUAUUCCCAAGGAACAGGACGAUCGCACCAUCCCAGUUCAAAAUUAUUUGUUGAAACCGAGAAGCGAUUUUAGCGCAAGGUCGCGAGUACGUGGCCAUUUGGAGCUCUACUGCGCCUAUUUGCCGGACACACAGCAAGACGCGCCGAUGCCGCCCAUCGCCACUGCCGAAGAGGAUGCUCCCAUCGACGACCGCGAGUGGGAGAUUGUCAGCGAGGGUCGCGAGGAGACCCCCGCACAGCCGGUUUUUGUUAACACCAGUACUACAGAAGCGCAAUCGCCUUUGCCUCACGGCUGGGAAGAACGACAGGACGCAGUCGGUCGAACAUAUUAUGUCAAUCAUAACGCAAGGACUACGCAAUGGGAGAGACCCACUGUGAAUGAUAACAUUGCUACUGAAACUAGUGAGAGACAGGAACAGCGUGAAGUCUUUGAGCGUCGCUAUCACAUCAGUGCGGAGGAAGAGAGCAACGGCAGAGGCGACUCUAACAAUACCAGUCAGAGUGAUAGAGUACAGUCUGCUAGCGUGCCGAUCGCACCGCGUCCCAACAACGACAGCAACGACAACAGUGACAGCGAGGCGGCCCAUUCACCGAAACCGGACGCGGACAUAAACGAUUCAGACGUGUACGCCACCUGUGCGUCCGAUUCCGAGUACGAGGGUUCUGAGGAGAGCAACUGCUGUAGCCGACGUACUUCGGUGGACGUUCCCGUUUUCAAUUUGAGUCUGGAGGUUCGAUCCGUGGAGAGCGACGAUCAGACUGAUAGUUUAUCCAACAGUUCUUCUAGAAGGGACUCUACCAUAUCCACCAACAGCAAUAACACCACAGCUCAGGCCAACUUAGACGCCCUUUCAGAUGGGUUACCGCAAGGUUGGACCGUUCAAAUUGCUCCGAACGGUAGAAUAUUUUAUAUAGAUCACAACGAAAAGACAACAUCAUGGGUCGACCCAAGGACGGGCAGGGCUAGUCCUAUGCCCAAUCAAGUGAUGAUGCCGAUGGUCAGCCGGAAAGUUGACGACGAUUUGGGUCCGCUUCCUGAAGGUUGGGAAGAGAGGGUACAUUCAGAUGGCCGAAUCUUUUUCAUAGAUCACAAUACUAGGACAACGCAGUGGGAAGAUCCUAGACUUUCAAAUCCGCAAAUUGCCGGACCUGCAAUACCUUAUUCUAGGGAUUACAAACGAAAAUACGAGUACAUGAAAACUCAGCUGAGAAAACCGAGUAACGUGCCUAAUAAGUUCGAGAUCAAGAUAAGACGCAGGAGCAUUCUGGAGGACUCUUACAGAGUUAUCACCACCGUACCACGCAUAGAGUUGUUGAAAACCAAGUUGUGGGUGGAGUUCGAGGGCGAAGUGGGUUUAGAUUAUGGUGGCUUGGCCAGAGAAUGGUUUUAUUUAUUAUCCAAAGAAAUGUUUAACCCCUAUUAUGGACUCUUCGAGUAUUCAGCAAUGGACAACUACACUUUGCAGAUAAACCCAUUUUCUGGGGUGUGCAAUGAGGAACACAUAAGUUACUUCAAAUUUAUCGGUCGUGUUGCCGGCAUGGCUGUGUAUCACGGAAAAUUGUUAGAUGCCUUUUUUAUUCGACCAUUUUAUAAAAUGAUGCUGCAGAAGGCUAUAGACCUUAAGGACAUGGAAUCUGUAGAUUCUGAAUACUACAAAUCUCUUUUGUGGAUAAAGGAGAAUGAUCCGUCAGGACUAGAUUUAACAUUUUCCGUGGAUGAAGAAUCUUUCGGCCACACUUCGGUCCACGAGCUCAUUGAAGGGGGUGCCAAUGUUCCACUUGACAAUACUAACAAGGAUGAGUACAUUAAGUGUAUUAUACAGUGGCGCUUCGUCGAUCGCGUUCAAGAACAGAUGAACGCUUUCUUGGAAGGGUUUGGGGAGUUGAUACCACUGAAUCUUGUCAAGAUAUUCGACGAACACGAACUGGAAUUGCUGAUGUGCGGCAUCCAGCACAUCGAUGUCAAGGACUGGAAACAGAACACGCUCUACAAGGGUGACUAUCAUUCCAACCAUAUCGUGAUACAGUGGUUCUGGAGAGUCGUAUUGUCAUUUAAUACUGAGAUGAGAGCAAGACUUCUGCAGUUUGUGACUGGUACGUCAAGAGUUCCGAUGAACGGAUUUAAAGAAUUGUAUGGAAGUAAUGGUCCGCAAUUAUUUACUAUUGAAAAAUGGGGCGGUAUUGAAAAUUAUCCCAGAGCUCACACAUGUUUCAACCGCUUAGACCUUCCGCCAUACGAAAGUUACCAAUACCUGAAGGACAAACUGAUCAAGGCUAUCGAGGGCUCCCAGGGCUUUGCUGGCGUCGAUUAGGAGACCCUCGACUAACCACAAAGCCCCUUGUUGCAGUUGAGAUUACUUGUUAAUAAUUCUGUCCAUUAAAUUUAAGGUUAAGCUUAAUUUGUUACACUAUUCUAUCCCAUAAUUAGCUGUUUCAUAUCUGAAAGUCUCUUUACUAAUUAAAUAACGAUGCACGUUAAAAGGUUUAGAGACGUGAUUGUAUUGCAGUUAGUGAGUUGUUAUAUUCGACACGAUUUUGUGGUGGUUUUAAUUUCCUAAAUAUAAUAUGACGACUACAAUACUGUCAUACCGUUGAUCUUGAGCGGCUGUAAAAUAUAUACCUAGUACUAAAUUUCUCUGUUAAGAACAUCAUAUAAAAUUUGUUUUACAGGUAUGAACAAAUUUGUAUAGAAACUUUGAUUACUGAAUAUGGUUGUAAGGAAAAGUCGAUCGCCUGUUUUAAUUUAUUGGAAUGCCAAAAGAGAGGUGAGAAAAGUUAUAAUGCGUUUCCAUAUUCGACAAUCAAAUUGUGUGAAUAUAUCGGUUGAAAUGAAAUUAAAUUUGAUUUAUACUGCUGUGAUUUUGUUGUUAAUAUUGUGAGUACUGUGAUCAUGAGCGAAUUAAAACAGGCGCUGAAUUUUUGUAUAAUUUUGUACAUACUAAUAUUUUAAAUCUAUACUGUAGACUUUAACGUUUCCUAUAUAGGACUAGACGAUAAUCUUGUUACAUUUGUAUUUAUAUCUGGAGGGCGUGCGUUCUUUUGAACGAUACUUUGGCUUUGUAAAAUAUGUAAGGCUUGAUUUGUUUAUUAUUUAUUGAUUUUUUGUGAGCCUCAUAUGUUUUGCAAAGACUUUGUUUUAAUGUACUUUUUGACCAAAUUAUUGUUAAACAUUUCAAAUCAUGACUACUUACCCGUAUUCUGUAUGCAAUUUUAAUUAUACCUAAUUUUAUAUAUUAAGAAUCUACAAGUGUCUUAGUAGAUCUCUUAACUGCAUCAGAUAUUGAUUUGACUUAAUUUUAUCAUUCCAAUCUUAUUUUAAAUGUGAUGCAGUUUUCGCCAGUCGAAAUUUAUCACAAGUGAAAUAAUGCAAUUAUGUGUAUGUAUAUAAUUUUUAAUUAUUGCUGUAUUAUGCUUUACGUGUAAAGGGAAAAUAUAUUUUAAUAGAGAAUGUUUAUUAUACAUUUGCCUAUUUUUAUAACAGGCAAAUAAAUUAUCUCAUCACGUGAAUAAAAUCAAAUUUUAAUA